GGCAGGAGGGCGGGGCAGGGCCGGAGGCUGGGGUGCCGCCUCCUCUGCAACGCCGGGCCCGGAGUCUUAGAACCCAGGGCCCGCAAGGGUCCCCGCGCGGCUGCCGCGAUGCAGAAAUACGAGAAACUGGAGAAGAUUGGGGAAGGCACCUACGGAACAGUGUUCAAGGCCAAAAACCGGGAGACUCAUGAGAUCGUGGCUCUGAAACGGGUGAGGCUGGAUGACGAUGAUGAGGGAGUGCCAAGUUCUGCCCUUCGGGAAAUCUGCCUCCUCAAAGAGCUGAAGCACAAGAACAUUGUCAGGCUCCAUGAUGUCCUGCAUAGCGACAAGAAGCUGACGUUGGUUUUCGAGUUCUGUGACCAGGAUCUUAAGAAGUAUUUCGACAGCUGCAAUGGUGACCUAGAUCCUGAAAUUGUGAAGUCAUUCCUUUUCCAGCUGCUAAAAGGCCUGGGAUUCUGUCACAGCCGAAACGUGCUACACAGGGACCUGAAGCCUCAGAAUCUGCUCAUAAACAGGAACGGGGAGCUGAAGUUGGCAGAUUUUGGUUUGGCUCGGGCCUUUGGCAUCCCUGUUCGCUGUUACUCGGCUGAGGUGGUCACGCUGUGGUACCGCCCGCCGGAUGUCCUCUUUGGGGCCAAGCUCUACUCCACAUCCAUCGACAUGUGGUCGGCCGGCUGCAUCUUCGCAGAGCUGGCCAAUGCCGGCCGGCCUCUCUUUCCUGGCAACGACGUUGACGACCAGCUCAAGAGGAUCUUCCGACUGCUGGGGACACCGACCGAGGAGCAGUGGCCCGCCAUGACCAAGCUGCCAGACUAUAAGCCCUACCCGAUGUACCCGGCCACAACGUCCCUGGUGAACGUCGUGCCCAAGCUCAAUGCCACAGGGAGGGACCUGCUGCAGAACCUCCUGAAGUGUAACCCGGUGCAGCGCAUCUCGGCAGAAGAGGCCUUGCAGCACCCCUACUUCUCUGACUUCUGCCCCCCCUAGGCUGCCAGGCUGGGGCCUGGCCUAUUUAAGCCCCUCCAGGGAGGGGAGGAUGGGUAGGGACUCACGGUGAGCCAAGCUCCAGCUGUGCUGGGCCUGGCCAGGGUGGAGGUGCCCUCACCUGUGUUCUUCAUGCCCCCUGCGGACUUUAUUUAAUUUCAUAAAUUGGCUCCUUUCCCACA